CUUUCUCCUUUCUUCCUUCCAUCCUUCUUUCUUUUCCCAUUUGUUGCCUAAGAGACUGGAACAAUGGAUACUUGAAAGAAACAAACGAUGUGGCCAAAAUGGGGGAAAGGGGUGCCCUGGCUGCACUCUCAUAGCUGAGGGGCCUGCUCUUAGCAAGAGCAGAGAUACUAUGAGAGUUUGGCUGGGGGAUAAGGGGCUGGGUUUGUCCCUUGCUCUCUCUUAUUCUCAGAGGGUAGACGUGCUGCUGCUGCGGGGAGAAUUCAUUGUCAAUGCAGAGUUCUGUCGUGCACGCUGCUUUUCCUUACAUGGGUGAGCCUUUGCUAGGAAGAGUGGCUUUUGAACUGGGACUUUUCAACACCCAAUCUCACUGGAAGGGACCCUCACCAUCUACUCGGGUGCUGCAGGGGAAAACCCAGGACCCUGACCCCCUCCCCCUUCUGUCUCCUGGGUGCUUGCAGAAAGCCGACUGCCGCUGCCCAGUGCUGCUGUUUUCUGCUGCUGCUACACUUUAACCCAAUAUGCCCCUGCCUGCCCUUACACACUGUGGCAUCUGACAGAGCUCUGGAGUUUUGCUACACUUUUUACCACCCCAGGUGUGCCUGCCUUCCAGCUUGCUGCUCCACGGUUCCUGCUGCAGUCCAUUUCAUCAUCCAUAGGGGCACCAGGACCAGCUGCCUCCCAUGAGUUUGUAAAGGAAGCCCUUUUCUAUCUCUCCCGUUGGCUGUGCCACCAUUACCCACCUGGAGAGAGGUAGAUGGGUUCAUGCCACAGCGCCCCCUCCAGGAAGAUGCAGAGAGGGCCAGAUACUCUCACCACUCCAGUCGACAUUCAUAUUUGAGUUCCUCAGAUGUCAGUGCAUCUCACAGGAGCAGAGCAAGUACCUCCAAAAGGAGAGUUUUUGUGAGUGGAAUUUACUAUGAUCAAAGAAAUCAUAGCAGCAUUGGAUUUAGUAAACCAGUUCCUUCCUACCAUGUUUGGUCUUCUUCUCUAUACAGUGAUCCAGUGGCACCAGCUAGGAGUUACAGGCCAUCUGAAUGCGGUUAUUCUUCAAGAGCAAGCUCAGUCCAAAGUAGUCCUGUGUCCUCUGAUUUUUCUGAUCAAAGUGAAACUACUGCUGAUUAUUUCAGUCGUUGCAACCACAGGGGAAGCAUUGUUUCUGAUGCAGAUUACGGCCAAGUUUUGAAUAGUCUGGAAGAAAAGAGUGAAAAAUCACAUUCAGAAAUAUUUUCAAGGCCCUCAUCUCGCAAUUCAGUAAGUGCAGCUCCUCAGAGUGGCAACUCAUCUAGGAGAGGAAGUGGAGAUGCAAGUAGUUUGGUGGAUCCUGAUGCCUCCCUCAGUGAAUUACGGGAUAUCUAUGAUCUUAAGGACCAGAUACAUGAUGUAGAAGGGAGAUACAUGCAGGGACUUAAAGAAUUAAAGGAUUCACUAGCUGAAGUUGAAGAGAAGUACAAGAAAGCUAUGGUUUCCAAUGCCCAACUAGACAACGAGAAAAACAACUUGAUUUACCAAGUGGAUACUUUAAAGGAUGUUAUUGAGGAGAAAGAAGAACAGAUAGCAGAGUUCUAUAGGGAGAAUGAAGAGAAGUCAAAGGAAUUGGAAAGACAGAAACACACCUGCAGUGUUCUGCAGCAUAAGCUGGAUGAACUUAAAGAGGGCCUUCGACAGAGAGAUGAAUUGAUAGAGGCGAAUCAACGUAUGCAGGAGAAUAUAGACUUCAUAACCAAAGAAGUGUUUGAUCUCCAGGAGACAAUUAAUUGGAAAGAUAAAAAAAUAGGGGCCCUAGAAAGACAGAAAGAUUACUUUGACUGCAUUAAGAAUGAGCGAGAUGAGCUCAGAGAGGAGUUGGCUGACCUGAAGGAAACAAUGAAGAGAGGACAGAAACAUGGAUUAGUUAUAAUUCCAGAUGGUACACCAAAUGGUGAUCUAAACCAUGAAUCGGUGGUUGGUACAAUAACAGUUGUAUCACAAGAAGCUGCUCAGGUCUUGGAAUCUGCAGGAGAAGGACCACUAGAUAUCAGGCUACGAAAACUGGCUGGAGAAAAGGAGGAAUUACUGUCCCAGGUUAGAAAACUGAAGAUGCAGUUAGAAGAAGAACGACAGAAAUACUCUAAAAGUGAUAGCAUGAAUCCAGAUACAAUAGACUUGGAGAAUGGCUCUGACUUGCAGCUAAUUGAAAUGCAAAGAGAUGCCAACAGACAAAUAAGUGAAUACAAAUUUAAGCUUUCAAAAGCUGAACAAGAUAUAACUACUUUGGAACAAAAUAUUGGACGCCUUGAGGGACAGGUUGCAAGGUAUAAAAAUGCAGCAGAAAAUGCAGAAAAAGUAGAAGAUGAACUCAAAGCUGAAAAAAGGAAGCUUCAGCGAGAGUUAAGAACAGCACUGGAUAAGAUAGAAGAAAUGGAGAUGACCAAUAGCCAUUUAAUGAAAAGGCUGGAGAAGAUGAAGGCAAAUAGGACUGCGCUUUUAUCUCAACAGUGAAAUGGAAAUUGAAAAUACAAUGCACUGCUCCUUGAAUAACUAGUCCCUAGCUUGUUUAUAAAUACAGACUUUCAGUGGCACAAACUAUUUGAACACUGAGCUGUUCACUGGUGGUUUAGUUUCAUAAUUAAAUGACAUACUUUUUGUAAUUUAUGAGAGAAUGAAAUGUAGUUUGAAUUCUCAUGUGAAUGACAGCAGUUUUUCAGUAGUGUUUGAUUCUAGAGUCAAAGACAGUGCACAAUGCUGUAUAUUUUUACAACUGUGGAAUCAAGUUUACUCACGAUCUCUUUUGGCUGCUUUAAUGAGGCUUGAUGGCUUGAUGCUCAGAGACAGCUGCAUGAAUUCAAGACAUUGUUAAGAAACUAACAUAUACUUGCCUAAGACAUCACACACACAGUGCCUUUUAUCUGGUGCAAUUUAGUCUUCAUUGUUGAAAUAACCUUUGGAACCAGAAAGCAUUUUAUUUUAAGAUACAUUUGGGGUAUUCCCUAAACUUUAUACAUUUUGAAAAUACAUUUUUUAAAAUAUUUAAAUUUAUAAGAAAAAAAUAGGGACUGUAUAUAAAGAUCGGCUUCUUUUGCAUGGGCACAUCUGACUUCUAUGUAAUUUUGGCAAAUACUAGCCCCUGAUACUCUUAGCAUUAAGAGCAGAAAUUUAAAAACUGCAGUUGUACACCAUCAAAUUGUGUCAUCUGCUUAAGUGCGAAUGGAAAUUUUAUGGGGAGGGGAAGAAGGGGGUGAGAAAUGUGGCUAAGGAGUUUAUUAAAUGGACACUUUACUGACUAAAA